CUGUCUCUCAGAGCAGUGCCUCCCAAAAAAGACGCUGCAUCAUGGGGCCCACGCUUGGUACGUUCCCCUCUGAUCCCUCUCUUAAGGCCUAAACAGCAGCUGGCGAGAUUAGAAAGAGGACACAGACGGACACACACACAGCCUCUCCAACACGACCGGCUAGGGGAGAUCUGGUUCAGACUGGACUUGGCUUUUGUCAUAAGAAUCUUUUGACUGGACCCAGUUCGUCCAAAUACCUCCGUUGAACAAGAUCACCUUGCCUGGACCCUUAUGUCCGUGGAUCUCCAGCAACCUAACGGUGGCCCCUGUCUUCUCUUGGAACCUCUAACCCCACACGGCUGCUUCGUUUUGGGUUCCAGAUUGAAUCGCAUGCAUCUCAAGAACCGACGGGUCUCUACUUAGCACACUUCAGCCAUGAGCUUUUUCGGGUACCGCCGAGAGCUGAGUAAGUACGAAGAUGUCGACGAGGACGAGCUUCUGGCUUCACUCAGCCCUGAAGAGCUGGCUGAGUUGGAAAAGGAGCUUGUGGACAUUGAUCCUGACGCCAACGUACCCAUAGGACUCAGACAGAGAGACCAGACUGACAAGACCCCAACGGGCACCUUCAGCAGAGAGGCCCUCAUGAAGUAUUGGGAAAAUGAGACGCGUAGACUCCUGGAGGACGAGAUAAGUGGAGGAAGCCCCAAACCGGAUGAGGAACAAGAGGAGGAGUGUGUGACAGAGGAAAGCAGCGGAGAAGAGGAGGAGAAAGAUGUUGAAAAUGAGAAAGAACAGAAAAAGCACGAAAAACCAAAGGAGAAGGAAGAAGAAGAAGAAGAGGAGGAGGAGGAGGAAGAGGAAGAAGAGGAAGAAGAGGAGGAGAGCGAGGAAGAGGAGGAAGCUGUAACAGAGGAGGAGGAAGAUGAGGAAGAGGAGGAGGAGGAACAAGAUAAUAAAUCAAAACCUGAACCCGCAAAGGAUUCUAGGGUGCUGACACCACAGGAUGACGGGCCCAUGCUACUGAAGCCGCAGAGGGUGGAGCCUAUGAGACUGACUCCUCCCCCUCCACCCGUCGACCCGAACGCGACUGGAAACCCAACCGUUGUCGAUGAUGCUCUCCAACAAGUUCUCAGCGACGACCCUGAACUCACCGAGGUUAAUCUCAACAACAUUGACGAUAUUUCAAAGGAAACCCUAAUCAGAUUUGCAGAGGCACUGAGGUCCAACACACACGUGCGGGUCUUCAGCCUUGCUAACACCCGAGCUGACGACCCCGUGGCUCUGGCUGUCGCUAAGAUGCUGAGGGAGAACUCGUCCAUCACCAGCCUCAACAUAGAGUCCAACUACGUGACGGGGAAGGGUGUGAUGGCGAUGGUUCAAGCACUGCCAGGAAACAACACCCUGACUGAGCUUCGGUUCCACAACCAGAGACACAUGUGUGGAGGACAGGUGGAGAUGGAGAUGGUGAAGAUUUUGAGGGAAAACCACACCUUGAUCAAGCUGGGCUACCAGUUCAACCUGCCUGGUCCCAGGAUGAGCAUGACGGGGAUCCUCACCAGGAACCAGGACCGCCAGAGGCAGAAACGUCUGCAGGAGCAGAGACAGCAGCAGCAACAGGGGGCGCCAGAGGGAGCCGUUAACCCCAGAACCACUGCUCUGAAAGGAACUCCUCGCUCGUCGCCCUACAGCUCGCCCAGAGCCUCUCCCUGGUCCUCCCCCAAACUCCCGCGGGGCGACCUGGCUAAAAAACAGACUCCCCCUGCUCCGCCUCCUCCUCCACCUCCACCGCCUCCUCCUCCCCCACCCCCUCCACCACCGCCGCCACCUCUCCCUCAGAGGGAGAAGAAGCCCACCAGGAUGAUCGCCGAGGUCAUCAAGGCGCACGAGGCGGGCAGCAAGAAGGUGACAAAGACGAAAGGUAAGAAGGGCAAGAAGGGGAAGCUGAAGGAGAAGGGCAGGGACGAGACGAGUUGCAUCCUGAAGGAGCUCAAGAACGCGCUGAGGCCCGUGUCGUUGGAGAGGCGAGGGGAGGAGGGCAGCAGGCCAUCCACGCCCAUGAGGUCAGCCCACGACCAGCUGAUGGAGUCCAUCCGCGGCAGCAGCGUCCGCAACUUGAGACGGGUGGAAGUCCCACAUCAUCUACGAUAAUACGAGCAGAAAAAAUAAUAAUAAUUAAAAAAAAGAAGAAGGUCUAGUCGUUGCUGUGGAAACUGGGGAGUCUGCAUCAUGAUGACGAUGGAGCGACUAACUGUGAUGGAAGCACCAGGUGAAAACAUGUUGGGCAUCCGGAAGAGACAAAAACUGAAUUCAUACAAAAAAUAUGUAUACUGGAAUAUUGCACUGUAACAAUAACUUACAUUUUAUGAAUGUUUAAGUUUUUAAAAAAUAUUUAUGCAGAAUUGUGCUUAAUUUUAAUUCUGAAAUGAGUUGACUGUACUGUUUACUUAUAAGUUUUUUUUUUAAGUCACUGUUUUCUUGUAAAGUUGUAAAUACGACCUGCUUGUUGGUGGAAUUACGUGUUGAUUUCUAAAUAUAACCAUUUGGUGUUUACGGCA